GACCCAACAAAGUACAUCACAGAAUGUUAUGUUGCCAUGACGCUAAGUGAUAGUCUUGUGGCUCCAAUCAUGAACCAGUACACUGACACAAUGGAGAUCGUCGGGAUAGAUGUGCCUGUAUGGGGCGUUCUGACACUGUUGGCCAUUUGUAUCUAUACAUUUAUGAUGAGUCGUGACUUCUGGACGUUCAAGAGGAUGGGAAUACCAGGACCGACACCUCUCCCUAUUAUAGGUAACCUAGCCUCUAUGAUAAGACAGGGUCAAAGUGGUUUUGACCAGGGAGCAAUUAAGAAGUAUGGAAAAGUUUUUGGGCAUUUUGAUAUGAUGAGUACAAACCUAGUGGUAGCAGACAAAGAGAUGUUGAGAGAAAUACUUGUGAAGCAGUUUAAUAACUUUCCUGAUAGAUUGGUAUUUGAUGGCUUCAGCGGAGAUUUCGAUCACAGUAUCAUAAAUAUAAAAGGCGAACACUGGAAACACGAAAGGAGUAUUAUCACGCCCACAUUUUCGUCCGGGAAACUUAAAAGGAUGAUGCCAUUAAUCCAGGAGGCGUGUGACACAUUGAUAAAAACAAGUCGAAAUGCCUUAAAAGAUGGUAACAAUGGCCAGGUAGAAAUGAAAAGGCUCUUUGGCGGUUUCGCUAUUGACGUGAUCAGUUCCACGGCUUUUGGUAUCCACGUAGAUUCCCAGAGUAACCCAGAUGACCCUUUUGUAAAGCACGUCAAAAAACUACUAGACACUAGCCCGGCAUCGCUUUCAUUUCUCCUGAUCUCACUGUUUCCAGCCUUAAAACCAUUAUGGCGAAUCCUGGGUAUAAGUGUCUAUUCCAAAGACAGCAUGGCGUUUAUACGUAGAAUCACUUCUAAAUUAGUGGAGGAAAGGAAAAACAGCAAGAAGGAAAGUCGAUCAGAUUUCCUCCAGUUAAUGGUUGAUGCUCUUAAGAGCAGGAAUGAAGGGGAGAAGAAUGAGAAUUCCACAGAUAACAUAGAAUCCUGGUCUAAACAGAAAGGCAUGUCAUUCGAUGCGAUUCUGGCGAAUGCAGAGCUGUUCUUUGCUGCGGGCUACGAAACUACGUCUAUAACCCUGACGAUGAAUGCGUACAACCUCGCUCUGAACCCGGAAUGUCAAGACAAGCUGCGUCAGGAGAUCGAAGAAGAGAUUGGUUCGAGCCCGAUUGACCAUGAGAAUGUCCAGAAACUUCAGUACCUUGAUAUGUGUAUAAAUGAGACUUUGCGGAUGUACCCUCCAGCGAUGAGAUUUGAAAGAGUCUGUGUUAAAACUACAAAGGUAAAAGACAUCACUAUUCCAGCCGGUAUGGCGGUAAGCGUUCCUGUGUAUGCGAUGCAGAAUGAUCCGGAUGUUUGGGGAAAACCAGACGUUUUCAAUCCACAGAGGUUUUCCCCAGCUGAAAAAGCCAAACACGAUCCACUCGAUUACAUACCCUUUGGUUACGGCCCAAGGAACUGCAUUGGCAUGAGACUGGCUUUAUUAGAAGCAAAAAUGGCAACUGUUCAUGUUGUGCGCAACUUCCGGCUGAGUGUCGGCAGUAAAACUGACAUUCCACCGAAACUCGAAAACUACGAACUUUUGAAGCCGACGCACUUAUGGCUGAAAAUGGAAGAAAUUGAAUGAGUCAAACCAUUAAACCAGUAUAAUGUCUGGCUUGUGUAAAAAAAAACUGUCGCCAGGAUGUUCCUGUAUAUCAAUAUAAACAUUGUGGUUUUUCUCUAAAUAUUACGGAUUCUACUUUGAUGGAUGACUAAUUGUAUAAAUCCGAUAGUCUCACCAGAGGAUAAACAAACUAUUAGUAUGUUUGAAUGUCUAAUCGUCCAUUGCAUUGUUUCAAAAUUAUCAGCUGGUUCCUUCAUAUUGUUAUAAAUGCGUGCGAGUUCGCAGUCAGGGGAUCCCAAAUUUGACCUCUAUCGUCGACAUGGAAAAAAUGAUUUUUUACUUAGAUUUUUUUUCAUUUUCUUAUAGUAAACUUUAUAAACCAGUGUCUGCUUCCAGUCGAUUCUGCAAGAGUUAUGAUUCUUUUAUGCCUUGAAAUAAAGAUACCGAUAAGAACACAAUUUAGUGAUAAAAACUCUCUCUCUCUCUCUCUCUCUCUCUCUCUCUCUCUCUCUCUCUCUCUCUCUC